AUGGUUAGUGAGGAAAGUUUUUUAGUGUUGGUGCACUAUAGAGGGUUAAUUAAGAAAAAAACACGUUCUGGUAUUAAGUUUACUCACAAGGAUCCCCUCAGUAUUUUUCUGAAACCUACAACGAGCUUCGCUGACUUCCUGAAUUCUAUAAUACAGAAACUGGGGUUACAACGUGUGAAACGGGUUGCGAAGUUAUUUUAUCGCAUUCCGAUCUCAGUUCUGCGAGAUGAUGUGAAAUACGAUUUGUUUGUCAUAGGGAGUGACAAGGAUUUGGAGGUUCUAUUCCAUUGUCGUCGGCAGUUUCCCGAGGUCAAGACACCUGAGCUGUUGGCAAAGCUUGUAGAUGUGCUCUUUAGUUCAGGUGGUUCAAACUGGAAUACCCAAACUCCAACAACGACAGCCUGUUCUAGUUCGAGACCUAUUGGUGCAUCUUCAUCCGUGCCUGUGAUUGCACCUCAGGAAGUGCGUGGGACACCAGAUGGUAUAGACGAUGCAUUGUCGGAUGAUGAUGACACUGAUGAUGUGGAGCCGGACAUCAUUGCCGAUGAUAGCGGUUAUGACAUAGUAGCGAGUAAUUCAGAGGGGAUUCCUGGCAAACCUAUUGGAUUUGGUGCCAAAGAUACUCAGGGUACCGGAGGUCUAUCAAAGUUUCAGGAUAAAGAGGAGGCCAUGUUAAGCGUGAAGACAUAUAGCAUCCGACUCGGGGUACAGUACAAAGUGGUCGAGUCCGAUUAUCGCAAGUACCUUGGGAAGUGUACGGAAUUUGGCAACGGGUGCACAUGGUUGAUUAGGAUCAGUCUCUACUGGCGUAGAGGUAUUUGGGAGAGGCAUAUUUCGUGUUUAGGCCGACUUAUAGGAGGGUUUGGUUGUCCCAAUACGAGCUCUUCGCUCAACACGACGCCUAUCUGGAACAUCAUCCACCCAAUCUAUGUCAGGAACUCGACCUGCACCUCGUUGAGUCGCCUCGACCGGAAUAGGAACGGCCCUGGGGUUACCGAGAAAGAGCUCAGGUCACAGGAAUCUCCUGCCAUGCUGGCUCCACCAAUCCAGAAACUCAUGCUACGGACCUGGGUCUGGCACAACAUCAAACCUAAGCACAUGAUCUGCCCAGUUGUCCGAAUGAAGGUGCCAAAACUGCAAGCUGUAUGA